AUGCUUUGGACGAGGCUGCGAUCUCGAGCUUUAGGGCCGAAAAUUCGCUUCCAUAAAGAACAUCCUUCAGGAACUGCCAACUCUCGUAUUAAUUUCAUCUCUGAUUUUCCCGCUCUCACAGAUCGUCACAUCCAAACACUUAAAGCAAGGAACAUGCUUUAUUAUCUCCUUAUUAAUGCGAAUCCUCAUAUUCUUCUUGUUUCUGGACACCAGCAUGCACUAGGUCAUGGAAGUGCUAAUAACCAUAUUUAG